UGCAUAAUCCUGAAUUAUCCAAACUAUCUUCCACCUUCAAAUUGUAAAUUUGCAAUGUUUGUGACCUCAGCACAAAAAUCAGCUCACAACUCAUCGAAUUAUCAUUCUCUCAUCUUUCCCAUUGAUUCAUAGUCCUCUUAUUCCCAUUUUCACACACACAAUACAAUACAAUACAAUACAAAACAAUACUUACAUAUCAAAAUGGCAGCACCCAUUAGACUAGCAUCAUCAUCUUCUUCAUAUUCCUCCAUUUUCACCCAAUUUAGAUCAAUACCCCAUUUGGGAUUUUCAGUUUCAGUCACCCCUGCUGCUUGUUCUCGAAACCCGUCACUGUUUUGUUCUCGAAGAGGGAAACGAAUGACUCAUGUUCUUGCUAAGGCCACUCUCGGCCUCACUAAUCCUGCAGAAGUUGAUUCCCAUAAGAUAUCUUUUGCUGCAAAAGAUACCAACUUGCUCGAAUGGAAAGGAGACAUUCUAGCAGUUGGUGUCACAGAGAAAGACAUGACAAAAGACGAAAAUUCAAAAUUCCAAAACGUUGUCCUGAAGACGCUCGAUUCUCAAUUAAACGGGCUAUUAUCCGAAGUAUCUACAGAAGAAGAUUUCACCGGAAAGGCUGGACAGUCGACUAUUCUUCGGCUUUCUGGUCUCGGUACCAAACGGGUCAGUUUAGUUGGGCUCGGAAAAGGGCCCACCGACUCAUCAACUUCCGCUUAUAGAAGUCUCGGUGAGUCUGUUGCUUCAUUGGCUAAGGCUUCUCAGGCUAACAAUGUUGCGGUUGCACUUGCUUCUUCACAAGACUUAACUCCUGAAUUAAAACUCACCACAGCUUCAGCAAUAGCAAAGGGUACAUUGCUCGGGAGUUAUGAAGAUAACCGAUUUAAGUCGGAGUCUAAGAAGCUGGUUCUUAAGUCCGUUGACUUUCUUGGUCUUGGAGCGGGACCCGAGUUAGAAAAGAAACUUAAGUAUACACAAGACAUUUGCUCAGGGGUAAUAUUGGGAAAAGAGCUUGUAAACGCACCUGCUAAUGUACUUACCCCUGAGGUACUAGCAGAAGAGGCUGUAAAGAUUGCUUCAACAUAUAGUGAUGUUUAUACAGCAACGAUUCUUGAUGCAGAGCAAUGCAAAGAAUUGAAAAUGGGUUCAUUUCUGGCAGUUGGUGCUGCUUCUACAAAUCCCCCUAAAUUUAUCCAUUUAUGUUAUAAGCCUCCAAUUGGUUCCGUUAAAACCAAGCUGGCAUUAGUGGGAAAGGGAUUGACUUUUGACUGUGGUGGUUACAACAUUAAGACGGGACCUGGUUGUAUGAUAGAGCUCAUGAAGUUUGACAUGGGAGGCUCUGCAGCAGUUUUAGGUGCUGCGAAAGCUCUUGGUCAAAUUAAACCACCAGGAGUAGAGGUCCAUUUUAUUGUGGCAGCUUGUGAAAAUAUGAUAAGUGGAACAGGCAUGAGGCCAGGAGACGUAUUAACAGCCUCAAAUGGAAAGACAAUUGAGGUUAACAACACUGAUGCCGAAGGCAGACUUACACUUGCUGAUGCUUUAGUGUAUGCUUGUAACCAAGAUGUAGAUAAGAUAGUUGAUUUGGCAACAUUGACUGGGGCCUGUAUAGUUGCUCUUGGGCCUUCAAUUGCAGGUAUCUUCACACCUAAUGAUAACCUAGCAAAAGAGGUGGUUGCCGCCUCAGAAGUCGCCGGAGAAAAACUCUGGCGGCUGCCAAUGGAGGAGAGUUACUGGGAUGGAAUGAAAUCAGGAGUGGCCGAUAUGGUCAACACCGGAGGCCGCCAGGGUGGUUCCAUUACUGCAGCCCUUUUCUUGAAGCAGUUUGUUAGCGAGAAAGUCGAAUGGUUGCAUAUUGACAUGGCGGGUCCUGUCUGGAAUGACAAGAAGAAAGCCGCAACAGGGUUUGGAGUUCCGACUUUGGUUGAAUGGGUUGUGGCCAACUCCUCAUCUUGAGCGCUAGAUUUUCCGUUUCACCCUUUACAGAAUGGAAAUUUCCGAUUCAAUAGAAAGUGUUGAACUGUUUCAACAAGAUUUAAAUGUGGGAAUGCAUGAAAUGACUAUUAUUUUUAACAUGUAUGUUAGGGUAAAAAAUGAAGUAUUACCCAAGCUUUGCAAUUUGGAGUGGUAUAAAAUCUUGGUGGUUUA